AUGUCGCUCGAGGAAAUAAUAGAACAAAUGAAUUUAAUAAAUGCAUUUAUCUUGGAAAAUAUGACGUUUGAAGAAAAAAGUGAAGAUAAUGAAGAAUUUAUUAACCACUUGCAAACGAUGAAAGAUUGGUUCUCAAGAAUUUCUUAUGUAAACAAGAAAUUAUACUUAUUAGUUCUUUUAGAAGACGUACAGUAUGCGGGGACCUUGUCAUUACUCUUAAAGUCUUUAUGGAAUUGUCGUCUCAAAGAUUCAGUGCUUUCUAUUAGCGGAGUGGUAACACUGAGCAGCUAUGAUCAAGUUCCAAUGGAUCACAACAGAACUGCUGCACCAGUAUCAAUUCUUAGACAAAUUAUGGCAAUUGAUAGGCAAUGGUUUCAUUCCUUACAGUCAGAAAAUCAAGCUAUAGUGUUAAUAGAGUUGCUGACUAUAGCUGGAGGUCCUGUUCUCUGGGAGGUUCUUAAGCGCGCACAAAACAUCUACAAUCGUUACCGUGAAUAUGAGCUACAAAAUUUGAAAGAAUCAGUAAUUGUCGCAAAAAAUCUGACGAACAAAGGCAAAACAUCGAAUCAUAAUUUGAAAAAGGAUCUGUCUCGGCGUAAAAGUGGGGACUCAGGGCAAGCGAUGUUAAAGCCAGUUCCACAAAUGAGCCAAGCGCAAAAGCAGUUGGAAGAAAGUCUCGCUGUUUGGAACUCUACUAUAAAAUCAAUACGUGAUAAUUUAAAAAUAGAAGAAGUAGAGGUUAUUCUCAAUGAUGGCACAACGAAGAAAAUUUGGAAAGUGGACCGGCAAAAGCCAGAAACAAUGGAGACAGUUGACUUUUUGCAACUACUACCAUCGGCUAUAGGCAAGCGAGUUCUAAGUUAUUUACCUUCAACUCAACUCAAUGAAUGUUGUCGCGUCAAUAAGUAUUGGGCAUAUAUUAUCGAUGAACUCAGGGCAGAAGUUAUUGCUAGACAAAAGAUUGACACAGAGCUAGAAAAUCUACGAGAAAUUAUGGCUCAUAAUGACGAAAGUACGGUCUCCUUGGUACAGUCGUAUACGCAAAUAGAAUACUAUAGUUCGCAACCACCAAGUAUGCCGUCAGUUAAAACUAGACACGAUAUGCCUAGCAUACGCGUCAGUCAAAAAUCCGGACGCUCGACCUUCAGACACAGAGAGAAAAUGAACAAGCCCAGGUAUAAAACAUCAAUACCAAUUCGGAACAUGGCUGAACUGAACGCACGCUUGGAAAGACGAGGCGCCGCUGAUGAGAAUAUCUGGAAGUGGUGUGAGAAUGUUCUUAAACUUUAUAAAAGACCGAAUCGAGAAGAGAACGACACAGGAAUGAAGGGUAAACAGUCAACGGGCCACUUAUGUUUUCCGUGCCCUUUGAUGGAGCAAAGUAUAAUUAUUCCGCUCUCUAAGCUACUUGUUAAAGAUCCCACAAAUGUAAAAGUUCCAAUGAAAUCAACGAACGUCAACAUUAAAUUACGUAACGACAUCAACACUUUACAUCAACAGGAUAAUAAACGCUAUAGUCUGUGGAGUAAAGACUUGUCUAGCUUAUAUCCGGUGUCUAAGAUUGCAUCUUAUCAGUCGCCUUUAUAA